UCACCCGUUUCGUUUUUGGCUCUCUUUCAUUAGUGUUGGUUUUUAGAUUCCUCCUUGCUCCCUGUCCGAUCUCUUGCUAAAAAUCAAAUUCUACGCUUUUACAUCAAAAUUCUCAUUCACUUCCUGCUGCUGGUCUGCUGCUCCUCCUUCCUCUAUGCUUCGUCACUGCGACGUCCUUCCCCUACAGAAACUAGGGUUUCAGUUUUUCGCUUCCCUGACCUCUCAAUUGUUCAUGGUUCCCGCUACUCUUUCCACCUUCUGAAUUGUCAUUUCUUUGGAGUCCGUCGAAAUCAAGCAACUUUCUUCUGUUCCAAGUUUCUCAGCUGCUGUGGUAGCUGACCAAAUAUUAGAAUCUUGCUGCUAAAUUUGGCGUUUUCUUCAGCCGUAUCCAGUCUAUCUUCGGAUGCAACUCGGAUUUUCGGCUUCUUGCUAGAGUUUAGCUAAUUUACGCUUGUGUUGUUGAGAUUACGGUUUCUAUGCUGAAUUACGUCAAGUUGCUGAAUUUCCGUUGUUUUCAUCUCUAUUCGAUGUUUAUCUUUCCUGAUUAGGGCUUUUUCGGGUGAAUUAAGAGGAAGCUGUUGUUGUAGUGGAGUUAGGGUUUCCGUGUAUAAAUUGCUGAACUUUUUUGGAGUUUCAAGUGUUAUUGCUUGGUCUUUCAAGUUCUGUGUUGUGAAAUAAGAUUGUUUGGAAGCUAAUGACUGUUGUUGUUGUAGUGAAUUUUGGGUUUUUAUUAGCUUUUGAUUUGUAGGUGGAUUUUAGUUAGUAUAAGUUUUAGCAAACUCUGGAGAGUCUAUUGUGCUAAAAACUGUUUUUUUUUUUUUUUUUUUUUUUUUUUUUUAUAAAUUAUUAUAUGCGUAAGAGAUGUUUUAUUCACAGUUUAUAUUGGCCAAGAAAGGGCCUUUGGGGACGAUAUGGAUAGCGGCUCAUUUAGAGAGAAAGCUUCGAAAGAACCAGGUUGCGGACACUGAUAUUGGUAUCUCUGUAGAUUCCAUUCUUUUUCCUGAAGUACCAAUUGCACUUAGGUUGUCCAGUCAUCUUCUUCUUGGUGUGGUGAGGAUAUAUUCUAGAAAGGUGAACUACCUUUUUGAUGACUGCAGUGAGGCUUUGCUGAAGAUAAAGCAGGCUUUUCGCUCUACUGCAGUUGAUUUACCUCCUGAAGAAUCAACUGCUCCAUAUCACUCCAUUACAUUGCCAGAGACUUUUGAUCUUGAUGAUUUUGAGCUGCCAGAUAAUGAUAUUUUUCAAGGCAACUACAUUGACCAUCAUGUCAGUACUAGGGAGCAGAUUACUCUGCAAGACACCAUGGAUGGUGUUGUUUACUCCACAUCACAGUUUGGAUUGGAUGAGCGUUUUGGUGAUGGUGACACUACUCAAGUUGGUUUGGACCUUGAAGAGGAUCUCUUCUUAGAUAAGGUUGCAGCAAGAAAACAUGAUGAAAUUUCUGAAAAUGAUGCUCAAACAUCUGUUGAAUCAAUGCCACAUCCAAAAGUGGAAAGGAGUCACGAAGGGAUGGCUGGAUCUUCAAAAGACAUGCCAUUUAAUGGUAGUAGAGAAAAGAUUGAAGGUCUUGCUGCAAAUUUGGAAGGCAUUGACUCUGCGCAGGCUCCAUCUACCCCUGGAUUGAUGGAAGAGCCAAAUGUAUCAAGUGUCAAGGAAGUUCUGGCAUGUGAUGAUCACUUAGAAUCAGAAGAUCAUAAUUUAAGAAGAUUUUUAGGAAUAGAGAGCUCUGAAAAUGCAUACAAUAAGUCAGAUCUUCAUGAUAGGGAUGGUGCUAUAGAUUUGUCUCUAGGUGAUAAUUCAAAUCAUAAUUCUGUUGUGUGUCUUCCUACUGGGGAGAGCAGCCAUCCUUCUGGCGACUUGGAGGUCAAUCAAACAGCAUUAAAGGGAGAUUUACUUUCUACUUCAGUGACUACAGAACAUAUUUCAUCAGAUUGGACUGUUAGUGGACUGGAUGGGUUGGACAUGGUAGAAGAUGCAAGUAGAGUUGUUUCAUGCAAUAAUGAAGAGACUGUACCCUCUGUAGAUCGAAUGAAUGGGGAGUGUGAAGAAUCCACAUCAAUUAGGUUGCGAGAAACUAAUGAUGGUGAAAUCUUCAAGAACAUGGAAGAUUCACACUCAAAUGAGAAAACUGUAGUGUCAAAUGUCGUCCAUUUACUGGGAUCACCUAGUGCUCCAAACUCUGUUAAUGUUGAAGGUCAGGGUUGUCAGGGAUUGGAGGAUCCUAAAGCACUGAAUGACAGUGAUUAUAAUGAACGGAUGCCACCUGCUUGCACAGGUGUGCUCUGGACAUGCAAUGCCCAUUUGAAUGAGCCUGAUACAUUAUCUUGUGAUGUUCGUAAUUCUGCGAUUACUUCUGACUUGCAAUCAGCAGGCAUUGUACUGCUAUCAACAGAGUCACUUCAAGGGGAGGAAGAAUUCCAUGCUUCAGGAACUUCCACUAAGGUGCAAGGUCAAGAAUGCCAUGUGAUUGAUGUUGUGCAAUCAGAGGAAAAGUGGAUUUCUGAGCCCACUUUAAGUGGAGAAAUUCAGGCAGAUGGAGAAAAGCAAGAGGAGCAACUGGACAAUGCAAUCUCUAAUAAUCAGUGUUCGGAUUUGAAUAGCUCCAUGACUUCUGACUUGCCUGCACCUGAAAAGUUGCUUUUUGCACCCCAGAGGCUUCUGAAUAGCCCACAUGAUUUACUAGUUGAGACACCUGACAAAGAAGUAAGAGGCGAGGGUGAUGAAAGUGGUGCGCAAAUUGAAACAUCUGGUAAAAAGCGUGGUUUUGCUGAAAGUUGCCUCACGGUGCAAAGUAUAAAGUCAGUGGAAUCAUUUGACAUGACCAGAUCAAAGAGAGCUGUAGAUUCUGUUCCUGAUGAUGAUGACUUGCUCUCUUCUAUAUUAGUUGGAAGAAGAUCUUCAGUUUUGAAAAUGAAGCCCACUCCACCCAUACCUGAAGUACGAUCAGUGAAGCGUGUCCGUUCUUCUUCUCGAUCUACUGCAUUGAAGAGAAAGGUUCUCAUGGAUGAUUCAAUGGUUUUGCAUGGCGAUACUAUACGUCAACAAUUGACCAACACAGAGGACAUACGUAGAAUGCGUAAGAAAGCACCUUGUACACGUACUGAAAUUUUGAUAAUUCAGAGGCAAUCCUUGGAGGAGGAGAUCUUCUGUGAACCAGUAUUAACUGGCAUAUUACCGGAACUGACACAUUUGAACGGUGAAGCAUUUGAUUUGAGCCGAAUCAGGAUUUCUGAAAAUGAUGACAUUAAUAAUAAUGCUUUUCUGGAAGCAUUGAGUGAUGAAGAUUCUGCCAAGCAAAAUGUUAUCCUACAUAAUGAAAUUGAAGGUUCCACAGAACCUGGUAGUUGCAGAAGUAACUUGGAUGGACAAUCCUCUGAGACUCCCAUUCAGAAUGAUAAUCACCAGCGUCCUGGCCUCAUUGGCUCCAAUGAUUUUGUUAAUAAAGAGCACAUAAAUGGUAUCACUGAUUCAGCUGGUUACAGAACUUCCGAACAUGAAUAUAUGGGAGAAAUUAGUGAAAUAGUAACUGAUAACGUGAAUGCUAUAGUUGUUGAUGCCGGCACACAUGAUUCUGCUCAGGGGUUGAUCACAUGCCAAAGUGAGCCAGUGCCUAGAGAUACUUUUGAAAUGGCAACUGGUACAGUUGAUCGGUCAGAUAUAAUGGACAAAAUGUUUGCCGCUGAUGAUUUUGUGCAGAUGGAAGCUUCAAACCUACCAUCUGAUAAGAUUGAUACACGUCUGGUGGAGGAAGUUAUUUCUUUAAGGGACAUGGGCAUUGACAGAGGUUUUGAUGGUGUUGAAGUGCUAGACCAUUCUGCAGAGCAAAUUGUUGCAAUUGGAACUGAAUUGGGGGCAGAAGGAAUACCGCUGGAUGAAAGCAAAGUUGGUACAUCAAUGGAAGUAGGAGAUUUCCUGGCAGAAGGUUCUGCACAUAUUGAUGAAGCAGAUAGUUCUCUUGCUAAGGUACCUUCUGAAACUGGUGGAUGCAUUAGCUUUAGUUUAGUAAAUGUGGACCAAGCUUUGGACGAGAUUGGAAAUGAUAAGAAUGGGACUCGUAGCGAAGAUGGAGGCUUAGCUGUGACAUCAGGGUGCAUUGAUGUUAAGGACCAAAUCUCUAAUCAUUUGUGUAAUGACGAAUCUGAAAUGGAUUCUGCAUGCAUGAUAGGACCUGAUGGGGAUUUCAAAAGCACUUCCAUGAAUGGAGAUGAUACAGUAUGUCAACAGAUUGAUCAUCAGAGCGCCAUGGAUACACAAAAUACACCGCUUGAUCAUGUUACUACAGCUUGCGAUGAUUUUCAAGAUACUGCUUUUGCGAAUAAUACAGAGUUCUUGAAUGUAGAUGGUGAUGAAAUGGGUGAAGAUGAUGAGGAAGGUAUGCCAAAUGCUGAAGACACUCGCCUUCUUGAGAACAGUGGAUGGUCUUCUCGCACCAGAGCUGUUGCCAAGUACCUUCAAACUCUAUUUGAUAAGAAAGCAGGACAUGGAAAGGUCCUGUCGAUGGACAACCUACUAGCUGGUAAAACACGCAAGGAAGCAUCGAGAAUGUUCUUUGAGACAUUGGUACUUGCAACAAGGGAUUAUGUCCAUGUAGAACAGGCGAAGCCUUUUGACAACAUUAAUAUAAAACCACGAGCAAAGCUAGUCGAAUCAGACUUCUGACCUCUUAGGUAGGAAGACGUGCAUUUGAUAAAAAGUACAUGUAGUCUUAAGCUUGGCUGAUGUUUAGGCAUGCUGGGUUUUGUUUUCCUGCUCUGUUUUGGUCAUUAGAUUCCCCCCACCACCGCCCCCCUCUCCCUCCGCCAAAUUGCUUUUUUCCCCUUUUUGAUUCUGUUUAUGUAACUGGUAGAUGAGUAAUGGGGCAAGGCUUCACAUGUCACCAUGUUUAUAACAAAAUUGUUGGAAUGUAGAUCUGUUGUAAAUAUGUAAAAGAUAUUAUCAUUUCCAGGUGUACAUGCUAAUUUAAAUUGUUUGCGUGUACAAGAAAUAAAGUAUUUUUCUUAA